CUGAUGCUUGCCUGUAUUGGGUAAAGCCGGCUCCGAUAAGAUAAAGAAAAAUGGAAAUCUGAUAGCCUGUGCUCCACUGCGUUCUGUAAGGUUGUAGACAUCUUAGAUAUCGUAGCUUUUUUUUUUCUAACAAUACGCGAAUGGUCUACAGACACGCGCCAAUCGAUAGAGCACCCAAAACCUGCAACGGAUAAGCAAUGGUGAAAAUAAAACCUGGCUUAGCAGCUCCGAGCACGGCUCUGGACCCCACUCUGAAUGCUCUCUUCGCAAGCAGUCUUGGCCCAGUAGUAGCGCCUUCGAAAGAUCGCUAUGCAGAGCUGCUACCAAAGAGAGAGCCACAAGCUACAGAGAAAUCAGACGUUAGAGAUUCCGCCACGACAUCGAGUGACGAGCAAGACAACGAGUCCGAUAAUUCUUUGAGUGAAUUUGAAGAUGACGACGUUGACUUGGAUGAGGUUGGAAUAGAAGACGAAGAAGACGCGCGAUCCGUCGAGAGCGAAGAACAGGCAGCUGAAGUAGAAAGCGCCCCCGCAGCCUCGCGAGCGCCACGCAAAGAGCGCAAAAGGAAACGAAGAGAUGACCAUGAUGAUCUGGAAGGCGCUUAUUUACAGAAAUUGGCUCAAGAGGACGAGAGGGCUGAUCGCAAAGAAAAGCGCCUUAAGGGUGAGGCUGGGCAGGCAGUCGAGAUCUCUGCCGCUACCGAAGCCGAGAAACUCGAGGCUGAAGAAUCCUCCUCCGAUGAGACGCCUUUAAUUCACGAAUCACUUCAGAAACCAGAUGAACAUGUCGAUAUCGAACUUGACAAAGCAAAUCGAACCUUGUUUCUCGGCAAUGUGUCGAUUGAAGCCGUCACCUCUCCCAAGGCGAAAAAACUUCUAACGUCCCAUCUUGAAACACCAUUAUCCGACCUCGACUCUUCAACAGGACCACAUAAAAUUGAAUCUAUUCGAUUUCGCUCAACACCUUUUUCUACUGGCGCUAAGCCCAAACGUGCCGCUUUCAUCACAAAGUCGGUCAUGUCUGCUACUACUAAGUCUACGAACGCUUAUGCGGUUUACUCAACCCCUUUAGCGUGUAGGUCUGCCCUCAAGGCCCUCAAUGGAUCUGUAAUCUUAGAUAGGCAUUUAAGGGUAGAUAGUGUUGCUCAUCCGUCUGCUAUCGACCAUCGAAGAUGUGUCUUUGUGGGGAAUUUAGGCUUUGUGGAUGACGAGACAGUGGUAAAUACCAAUGCCGAUGGGGAAACUGUCACGAAGAAGAGGCACAAAGUUCCUGCUGAUACAGAAGAAGGACUGUGGAGGAUAUUUGGAGAGCACGCGGGCCAAGUCGAGAGCGUCCGCGUACCUCGGGAUGAUAAGACUCGUGUCGGAAAGGGUUUUGCAUAUGUUCAAUUCUAUGAUGGCAAUGAUGUUGAGUCUGCGCUUCUUCUAGACGGGAAGAAAUUUCCGCCCAUGCUACCGCGCGCCCUGCGAGUAUCCCGAGCUAAGGAUCCACGUAAGACGGCGUUGGCAAUGGAACGAACUGCAAAGAGCGCGACCGGCACUGGCGCUAAGAGCAAGAAUACGAAAUACACGCCAAAAAUUACCCCAGAACAGCAGUCGCGGGCAGGUCGUGCAGGAAGACUACUUGGUCGCUCUGCUGCAGUCAAGCAUCAACGCGAACUCAAAGGUGACCGCCAAAAGCUUCGAGUGAGGAAAGACCAGCGUCAAGAGAUUGACAAUGGAAUCAAACCCCCUGAACAAUUUAUUUUUGAAGGUCGCCGAGCCAGUGCGAGGGACGGCAAACCCAAAGAUCUCAAGUUUGGCAAGACAAAAGGAAAGAAGGGUGCAAUCAAAGGCAAGGCCAAGGGCCGAGGAGCUCGCAGAGCAGCCGAGUGGAGAAAAAGUAAGACGUCGUAGGUUAGAUACUUUAAUCAUCUGGCUGUGUGAUAGCUGUCCAGCUAUAUCUAAUUUCAUCUGGGUAUGAGUGCAUGGAAAUGGUGAACCCUAAAUGUAACGUUGUACCUCAUCAUUGUGGCCAUUUAUACCUAAUCAUUCACACUUAUGCCGCGCCAUCGACCU